CAAACAUCCCGGAUGACAAGGUAGAACGCAACAAAGACGAUCAAUAAGGAAGAAAAACGCAGUCGUUUUAAACGAGGAACAAAAGAACCAUGCAGAUAUUCGUCAAGACACUUACUGGUAAAACCAUUACCUUGGAGGUGGAACCAUCUGACACCAUCGAGAAUGUCAAAGCUAAAAUCCAGGAUAAGGAGGGUAUUCCCCCAGACCAGCAGAGAUUGAUCUUCGCCGGAAAACAACUGGAAGAUGGCCGCACACUGUCCGACUACAAUAUUCAGAAAGAGUCGACCCUCCAUCUAGUACUUCGUCUGAGAGGGGGUAUGCAAAUAUUCGUGAAGACCCUCACUGGGAAAACCAUUACCCUGGAGGUGGAACCAUCUGACACCAUCGAGAAUGUCAAAGCUAAAAUCCAGGAUAAGGAGGGAAUUCCCCCAGACCAGCAGAGAUUGAUCUUCGCCGGAAAACAACUGGAAGAUGGCCGCACACUGUCCGACUACAAUAUUCAGAAGGAGUCGACCCUCCAUCUAGUACUUCGUCUGAGAGGGGGUAUGCAGAUAUUUGUCAAGACCCUCACUGGGAAAACCAUUACCCUGGAGGUGGAACCGUCUGACACUAUCGAGAAUGUCAAAGCUAAAAUCCAGGAUAAGGAGGGUAUUCCCCCAGACCAGCAGAGGUUGAUCUUCGCCGGAAAACAACUGGAAGAUGGCCGCACACUGUCCGACUACAAUAUUCAGAAGGAGUCGACCCUCCAUCUAGUACUUCGUCUGAGAGGGGGUAUGCAAAUAUUUGUCAAGACCCUCACUGGGAAAACCAUUACCCUGGAGGUGGAACCAUCUGACACCAUCGAGAAUGUCAAAGCUAAAAUCCAGGAUAAGGAGGGAAUUCCCCCAGACCAGCAGAGAUUGAUCUUCGCCGGAAAACAACUGGAAGAUGGCCGCACACUAUCCGACUACAAUAUUCAGAAGGAGUCGACCCUCCAUCUAGUACUUCGUCUGAGAGGGGGUAUGCAAAUAUUCGUGAAGACCCUCACUGGGAAAACCAUUACCCUGGAGGUGGAACCAUCUGACACCAUCGAGAAUGUCAAAGCUAAAAUCCAGGAUAAGGAGGGAAUUCCCCCAGACCAGCAGAGAUUGAUCUUCGCCGGAAAACAACUGGAAGAUGGCCGCACACUAUCCGACUACAAUAUUCAGAAGGAGUCGACCCUCCAUCUAGUACUUCGUCUGAGAGGGGGUAUGCAAAUAUUCGUGAAGACCCUCACUGGGAAAACCAUUACCCUGGAGGUGGAACCAUCUGACACCAUCGAGAAUGUCAAAGCUAAAAUCCAGGAUAAGGAAGGUAUUCCCCCAGACCAGCAGAGAUUGAUCUUCGCCGGAAAACAACUGGAAGAUGGCCGCACACUGUCCGACUACAAUAUUCAGAAGGAGUCGACCCUCCAUCUAGUACUUCGUCUGAGAGGGGGUAUGCAGAUAUUUGUCAAGACCCUCACUGGGAAAACCAUUACCCUGGAGGUGGAACCGUCUGACACUAUCGAGAAUGUCAAAGCUAAAAUCCAGGAUAAGGAGGGAAUUCCCCCAGACCAGCAGAGGUUGAUCUUCGCCGGAAAACAACUGGAAGAUGGUCGUACUUUGUCCGAUUACAACAUCCAAAAAGAGUCCACUCUCCAUUUGGUCUUGCGUCUCAGAGGUGGAAAUUAAAUUUUGAUCCUGUGACUGUAUCAUUCAAAAUUACUGUUUUUAAAGUUAUUUUUGGACAAUAACAUCUAAAAUUAUUGUUUUUAAAGUUUUUAUGGACACUUGAGAGAAUAUAAACAAAUAAUUGUCAAAAAUUUGAUCAAACCGUUUACUUUUUGUCACCUAAAUAAAAAUUUUUGCAACUAA